AGUUACCGUGUAGUUGCUGCCGAUAAAUCAGCUGGUCAAUCUCGUAACAAAUUAAAAAAUUGUUAAAAUUGGCUUAAAAUGAAUAAAAUUACGCGUGCUUUUAUAAGCGUGCUGCGCAAUUCCACUCGCACCAGCGCCACACUCCUGGGUCGCCAGUUGUCCUAUAAAAGCGACUUGUCGCUGGACAAAAUUUACCCAAAUGCACGUUUGCAGCUGUAUACGCCGCCCCCGCCGCCCCCAAACAGUGCCAACAAGUUCAGCGGCUACAUACCCAUGGACAAGCUCGAGAUUACCUACAGUCGCAGCUCUGGACCUGGGGGACAGCACGUAAACACCGUGAACACCAAGGUGGACGUGCGUUUCAAGCUGGCCGAGGCGCAAUGGAUACCAGAAGAGACGCGCCAGAAGCUGCUCAAGGUGUUGGCCAACAAGAUCACCAAGGAGGGAUACUACUACAUCAAGAGCGACGUCAGCCGCUCCCAGCAGCUCAACCUGGCCGAUGCCUUGGAGAAGCUGCGCACGGUCAUUCGGGCCCAGGAAGUUGAGGUAGCAGCACCCAGCGAGGAGACCCUAGAAAGAGUGCGCCGGCGACAAGAGCGGGCGGCCCGUGAGCGCCUCCAGCUCAAACGGAGUCGCGCUCAGGUCAAGUCGGACCGACAAGGACCCGGAGGUGUGGACUUUUAGUUGUUAUUGAAAAUUGUUGCACAAAGAUUUAUUACACGUAGACAUUUAACAAAUAA